CCAAGCCUCACCUCGGGAGCCACGGGCCACGGCCUCGGGAGGAGGGAGAUGCUGUCAGGCGAGCGGAAGGAGAGCGGGAGCCCCCGCUUCGGGAAGCUCCAUCUCCCCGCCGGCCUUUGGAUCAAUUCCCCGCGGAAGCAGCUAGCUAAGCUGGGGCGCCGCUGGCCUAGUGCGGCCUCCGUGAAGUCUUCUUCCUCGGACACUGGCAGCCGCAGCAGUGACCCCGCGCCAGCCCCUUCAGGCCAUUCGGGCCCGGAGCUGCGGCGGGUCGGGGCAGUGAAGGCAGCAGGAGGUGCCUCGGGGAGCCGCGCGCGGCGCAUCUCUCAGCUUUUCCGGGGUCCAGGGACCGGGGCCGGAGCCGGGACCGCGACCGGGGCCGGGGCCCAACGUUGGGCCAGCGAGAAGAAGCUCCCGGGGUUGGCGGGCGCCGUGGGCCCGGAGCCUCUGCCGGCCUCGUGGGGUCUUCCGGGCUUCGGGGGUCCCAGCCCGGGCCCUGGCGUGCUGAAGAUCUUCGGCUGUGGCCUCGCCUCGGGCGCCAAUUAUAAGAGCGUCUUGGCUACGCCGCGUUCCACUGCCCGAGAGCUGGUGGCCGAGGCCCUGGAGCGCUACGGGCUGGCAACGGCCGGCGGGCUGCCCGGAGGCGGUGGCGAAGGCGUCUCGGGGGGAGGCGCCGAGGCCUUCGCACUGUGCGAUUCGCUAGGCAGGCCACCCGCGGCCUCUGGAGGAGCGGGGGAGUGGAGGGCAGAGCAUGUGCGCGUGCUGGGCGAUUCUGAGCGCCCCCUACUGGUGCAAGAGCUGUGGCGUCCUCGGCCGGGUUGGGGCCGGCGCUUCGAACUGCGUGGCCGGGAGGAGGCUCGCAGGCUGGAGGAGGAGGGCCCGGCUGCUGCCCAGGAGGAUGGUGAGGGCAGGGCCGGGCUGCUUCCCCACGCCGUGGGUCUCUGCUCCUUCUCUUGUGGCUGUGGGUUUCCGAGGCUUUGUGCGUGUCACCCCCACCCCUCCCCGUCCGAGACCCCAGUCUCUUUACCCCGAGGCUGCCUCUGUCUCUCCUUUCUUUCCGCUCUCCGUACGCGGUCUUAUGAGUCUUUGCCUGGGGAGCCCAUCUUGGCCGCUCCCGAAAAGCCGAUAGCGAGCAGCAUCGGGCCCAGGACUCGCUCCUACCACCCCAAGCAAAAGGGUUACCCUGAAGCACAGGAGAGGCAUCCUGGACGGCGGGACUACAAUUCCCAGAAAGAGUUCGUGGUGUACGUGAUGACUCGCGAGCAGCACGUGUUCGGACAGGGAGGGGGUGGCUCUGGGGCUCGCGGAGGGCACGCCCCCCACGUGGACACCUUGCUGAACGCACCUGACAUCAUGCCCUGGCCCCCGGGUCCCGGGUGGGCCUUCUGCUGCCGCCUGUGCGGGCGGGGGCUGCAGGAGCAAGGCGAGGCCCUGUACCUGGAUGGCAGGGAGCCCGUGCUGCGCUUUCGGCCCAACGAGGAGGAGGCGCUGCUGGGCGAGUUCAUGCGGGCGGCAGGCACCAGGGCGCAGCUGCCCGCGCUGGGGCCCGCCACGCUCCUGACCAUGUGUGUGGAGCCCAGGGCCGGCUGGCCCGCCUCGUCAAGGAGGCCGUCUGG